UCUUCCUAAACCUGUCUUAGAAAGAACAAUUUAAUCAGCGAUUUAUGUUGCUAUGAGGACAGAUUCAUCAGAAAUGACUGAUGUGGAGCCUGUGGUCAACACUUUUGCAUCUUCAGCAAGGACAGGCCGCCGGAAUGCCAUCCCAGACAUCCAGGGUUCCGCUGGGACAGGCGGAACGUCUGAGUUGCCCCUCAAACUGGAGGCUCUCUCCAUCAAGGAAGAUGUAAAAAAGCAAGAAGAAGAAACAACACAAGACCAAUUGGAAAAGCCCCCAAAUGAAGGCUCAUAAUCUGUCAAAAACUGCUGAAUUUCUGCAAGGUGAAAGACUUUAGUGGCUCUGCUUUCCUGAGAUGUUUGAUCUGGUAGUAACCAUGGUAACACUGCAGCCCUAAGCAACAUGUGUGUACUAGAUAAUCUUGUUAUGAUGCUGCUCACUGGGAUUGCAACCGUGAUGUCCAAUAUAGGUUAUUAAAAGGCAGAUUACUUCCAAAUUGCACCCAAGGAAAAAUUAAGAAUGCAUAUUCUGUUUUAGAUUUAUUUAGCCAGAUGUGUUUUUAAUUCUGUUUUUAUGGGAGUGGGUAAAAAGAUUUCUCAGUAACUAUAAACCAAACAGCAUUAAUUUAAAACUUUAUGAAAUUUGUAGAAAAUUAUGGUAGGGUCUUUUGUUUGUUUGUUUGUUUGUUUGUUUGGGUAAGAAGA